GUUGCGAAAAACCCUUUCGGCAAAAAAAUGCUGAGAUCUCUCCUUCGCCCUGCCGCCGCCGCCGCUGCGGUGGGGAACAGAGCUUCCAUCCUCCUCCCCGAUCUUCUAUCCGCCUCGGCUUCUUCCCGUUCCUACUCCGCCAAAAAAAAGACCACCGACAAGGGCAAAGCCCGCGUCAAGAACCCCCGCGCCGAAUCAACCGAUGACACUGAUGCCCGUGCUGAAGACGCCUCUCAUAUAUCUGAUGGAAUCGACGACGAGUAUGAGCUUCCAAAAGAUCCCCUCCCGCCUUCCUACGACCCCGCGCUGGACGUUGGCCCCGGCGGCCGCCCCCUCUUCACUAUGACCAACUCCUUUGCUUCGCUUGGAAGAAAAGAAGCAUGCACCUAUGUAGAUUUCAGCCUGGAGGAAUGGAAAGCUAUGUUGCCCGAGGGUUUGCCAAAAGGAAUGACAAAGGAGUUUGAGGACACAAGGCGAUGCGCUGUUAUGGUCAGGCAGAGUUUCCUGGACCUGCGUGAUAAUUUCAGGCGCAUUGUAGAUCCUACACUUCGCUCAGGCACUAAAAAUUGCAAAAAACAGAUUGUCCUGGAUGGUCCUGUUAGCUGUGGGAAAAGUGUGGCACUUGCCUUGCUUGUCCAUUGGGCUCGUAGUGAAGGAUGGCUAGUAUUUUAUGUUCCAAAAGGUAGGGAUUGGACCCAUGGAGGCUUCUAUUACAAAAAUUUGCACAAGGAAUUAUGGGAUACACCUGUUCAGGCAGAAAAAAACCUUCAGGAUUUCCUCAAGUUCAAUGAGGGUCGCUUAAAGCAAUUACCCUGUCAAAUUUUUGACCCCAUUCUUUUAGGAGAAGGUACUGGUGUUGGCUUAAUGAAAGGAGUUGAUUCCAUGGCGAUGCCUGAAGGCUCUACACUAUAUGAUCUUAUUCAAACUGGUAUUGCUUACUCACACGCUGCAGUGGGAGUAUUGGUUCGGUUAAGAGAAGAAUUAUCACUAGUGAAAGACGUGCCUGUACUCUUUGCUAUUGACCAGUACAAUAACUGGUUCACGUUUAGUGAAUAUCAUGAACUUCUGUCAUGGAAGUCUUCUCGGCAGGUUCAUGCUAGGGAGCUUACAACAGUGAAUGCUUACAGAUCUAUGAUGCAUGAUAACAUGAUGAUAGGAGCCUUCUCUCAUUCGACUUCUGUCGGGAAGUUACGCCAAGAACUUCCGGAUGUACCCCUAGGUGCCCGCGUCAUGUUGCCUCGUUACACUUUGGAUGAGGCUGCUACUGUGUGCCAUUAUUAUCUAAGGCAAAGACUCAUACGACGCGAGAGUUUUUCAGAUGAAAAGUGGAAAAAGGUUUACUAUGUGGCCAAUGGAAAUGGAUCAGAGAUGAGAUGGUUGGUUCCUUUCAUCUGAAAUAGGAAAUGACAGGUACUCUUACUACAAGCUGAAGCUUCCGAGUAUUUGAACUUGUUUCCUCUCAUCUCAGAGACUUUCUUCAUUAUUUCCCCUUAUUGCUGCAUCUCUGCAACUCGCCGUUCGCCAUCAAACCAAAAUAUAGCUUCCACCAGCUCAACUUCACCACCGGAGUCAGACAAAUUCUGUAGCAUGACAAAACGGACUUCAUGUUUUUUUUCAGCCUUGUUGGCUUAAUUAUGCAACGAUUUGAUUGAAGAUCAUUAUGCAACUUGUUAUACCCCAAACCUAAUAACGAAAAGCUGAUCUCUUUGUUGAUCGGGAAGUUCCUCUACUGACAUCCUUUCAUCGAUGCAAAAUUUGUAGCAGCAGAUCUGGAGUAUGUAUGCCAAUGUUUUUCUUUGGCUUUGUUUCGUGUUCAUUGUAUCUUUGAAGCUGUCA